UCAUUCAUCAUCUUUUUUCCUCACUCAAAGAGGUGAGUUAACAUUCCCCUCAGUUUCACAGUUUCACAUCAGGAAGUAGGUGUUUGGUACCUAAAAACUACACGGAGAGCACGGGAACACACUUGCCUCAUAACGACGAGGAGCAUAUUUAUUCCCCCGGUCAUCAGCAGAGAGGCGAGGCAUCAUGGGGAAACACAACAGUAAGCUUGCUCCGGAGGUCUUGGACGACUUGACCAAGAAUACAGAAUUUAACGAGGCUGAGCUCAAACAGUGGUACAAAGGCUUCCUCAAGGACUGCCCCUCAGGCAUCCUUAACCUGGAGGAGUUUCAGCAGCUCUAUGUCAAGUUUUUUCCGUACGGUGACGCUUCAAAGUUUGCCCAACACGCUUUCCGGACAUUCGACAAGAAUGGCGACGGGACCAUCGACUUUAGGGAGUUCAUUUGCGCCUUAUCCAUCACCUCCAGGGGGAGCUUUGAGCAGAAGCUCAACUGGGCAUUCAACAUGUAUGACCUGGAUGGUGAUGGCAAGAUCACACGCGUGGAAAUGCUGGAGAUCAUUGAGGCUAUUUACAAGAUGGUAGGCACAGUGAUAAUGAUGCGCAUGAACGAGGAUGGUCUGACCCCGCAGCAGCGCGUCGACAAGAUCUUCUCCAAGAUGGACAAGGACCACAAUGACGAAAUCUCCCUGGAGGAGUUCAAGGAGGCGGCUAAGUCAGACCCCUCCAUCGUCUUACUUCUGCAGUGUGACAUGCAGAAAUAGUGGCGUGGAGUGGGGAGAUUAGUAGAGUUAAUUGGAGGGAUAAAGGGAGGAAAAGUCAGCUUGGGAGGAGGAGGAAUUGAAGAUAUUUUUUUCUCCAGUGUUUGGGGCAAUUGUAUUAGUUGUAUCACUACAAAUCAUGGAAUAUUUAGUAAAUGAACAAACGAAUUAGUAUGCAUGGAGAGAUUCUAAGGGGCAAAUUAAAAUGAAUAGAAGAAGAUUUUAAAUUUCACGCUGCAAGGACUUGUGUACAGUGUGUCCAUAUUAAUGUGUCACUUGUGUUCGGGUGUAAUCGGUCAAAUCCACUCCUACUCGGAGGAGCAUAUUAAAUGGAUUAGUGUACAACUGAGCUCAAAGUAAAACUUCAUCUAAAGUACAUUAGGUUGAUGAUUUAAUUAUGUGGCGUUACUUGUUCUAAAAAAAAAAAAAAAUCUGGAAUCUGAAGAGACUUAAGCCCCUUUCAGACAUACGCUGAACUCCAUUCAAAUCCUGGGACUUAAACGGGUAACCCUUACGUUUGAAAGCAAUUUCCCGGGUCGACUGACACAGAGGUGACAUGGAAAUAAACUGGGUCGCGUCCUAGUAUAAUGUCUGGGACUUAACCGGGACCUGGCAUUUGUUUAAGAAGCCGUUUAAUUCCUGGGUCACAGCACAAAGGCGUGAAUAUUGUAGCGAGCCGAUCGUCAUUUCCUCUUUCUUCGCAGUAAGACGAAAAAUAGUAAACAAACAUCGCAAUUAUCAGCAUGACACACUGGAAAUAGUCCAAAAACUGAAAACUAUCACUAUCAGUUGACGGGAGUUGGGGCCGAUCCGUAGGGGGCCUAUUUUCCAAAACUUAAAAUUCAAAUAUUUUCAACACCAAAGUCGCUAGCAACCUAAAACUAAAACAAGCACCUCCUUUAGGCAUAUAUGAGUCUCCAUGAGCAGCAACAUCCAAAAAUUCAAAGUCGUUCCCCAAAAAAAAUCCUGAUAAUUUUUUUUAUAAAGGUAUAACAAAACUUAAAAUGGCUCUAAAAUUCUCAAAUUUUACGCUAGAUGCACAAAUACUACCAAAUGCAGAGAUAAUCACCUAUAUUUUCAGGCUCAAUAACAAGAUUUAGCAUAUCACAUAAGUUUUUGCCCAAAGUAUUUUUUUUAUCAUUUAGUGCAAGUUUUCAAUAGCUAAUAAAUCACUCAAUUUUCACAUCAUUAACUUAAUACUUGAGGAAACCGUGCAAAAUCAUCUUUACUCAUCAAAAACGCAAAAUUGGCAUUUUUUUAUAUAGAAUCACAACUUAUUUAGGUUGGAUUCUGAUGUUACUAUUGCCUCAGCACGGAGACACAUCCUGCCGGCUAUUGGGCCCUCAUCAUUUUUACAUUGAAAUGUUACACAAAAUAAAACUGUUAAAAGGCGAUUUUUUUUCUUUUUGUAUGGAUGCAGAAAUGUCUAAAUUACUACUUUUUUGUCAAAAAACGGGCAAUUGAGCGAAAAUUAGCUGAUCAUUUGAAUAUAAACAUAUGCUACUGUGUAUGGAUUCAAGCUUUUUAAGUCGAAAGUUCUUGGAAAUAAAUGCGUGCUUCCCGCAAUUUCUAUAGAUAUGAAAAUGAAACAGUCUAGAUUCUUGGUUCAAAGCAAAAAAACAAAACAAAAAAAAAAAACGGGCAGUUAUUCAUUUGACGUAACUAUUUCGAGGUAAAAUUACGCCGGAAUGUAAAUUCAACAUGGCGGCCAUCACAAAACAAAGAGCUUUUUAAGUUGAAAAUUCUUGUAAAUUACUGUGUACGCCCCUGAGUUUCUAUAAAAAUGAACAUAAAACAAUCAAGAUUCUUGGUUAAAAGCAAAAAAAGAAAACAGGCAGUUAUCAUUCAUUUUACGAAAAUAUUUUGAGCUAAAGUUAUGCUAUUUUUUCCAUGCAUUUUUUAACAAUGUUUCAAAGUGCAUGCAUGGGUCUAUUUUAUAAAAUAAUUACCUAAUCCUCAACCAAAACACUCUUGAGACACUCCUGCCAGCUUGUAUGCAGUAAAACAUUCGUCCUUUUUCCACCUAAAUCCGGCGUUUGAAAGCAGCGUGUGUUUGUGCUUAUCACAGUGAAAGCCAAAUGCUCUGCCUGUGUCGGCCCCCAACGGGAAGGCAUGGCGAAAUGUUUGUGAGAGCUGUCUUGUCAACUGAUGGUGGUCUAUGUGGAAACAUAACAAAAUUAAAUUGCUAAUGGAGCUUAGAGUUGAGGAAGAGGGAGUCCAUCAUCCAUCUUUGAAAAUGUGUGGUUUAUUUUGUUGCCGAUGCCAACCAAAAAUGACGUAAUCUCCGGGUUAUUAAAUCUCGCCCCGCGCCCUUCCCGCACCUAGAGUGUCGAGUCGCCAACACGGGAACAACAACAAGUCUGAAAGUGUCCAACCCGGGUAAUUCCCAGGACAUCUCCGAAACCCAAGACACGAGUAAAUCACACCUUACACGGGAAUUUACCAAUAUUUAAAUCUGAAAUGUACCGGUAUUAAGUUGCGAUUGAAGCUACACAAGAAGCGACUAGGCAUGUGCCAGCAUGAUAUUCUGACGGUAUGAUAACCUUAUGCCAAAAUAUCACGGUUUCACGGUAUCAUGGUACUGCAAUUACAGCUCUAAAAUGUCUUAUUUUGAGAUAUCUGGAUAAAUUUUUUUUUUUUUUAAAUCCAUUGAGCUGUAUUUUUUAUUUUCCAAAACAUUAGCAAAUUGGCACAUGUAUAAUGUUAAGUUAAAAA